AUGACCUUGAACACGAUCGAGCCACAAAACGAGGUGUACGCACAUAGUUGCCCACUAUCAUCGACGGCUUUGAUUCUUGAAUGCGCAUGCUGUCUCGUGCGGGAAGGGCUUAUGGCAGGCUACGCAUGUCCUUCCAUCUUUGCGCGUACCUAGAUACACUCUUCAUCGGCUUCAAUUAUCCCUUAUCCGAGUCAGCCCGUUGCGCGCAAAAGAUCGACCUUGUGACCAACUGCGCAAUGAAUUGGUUCAGUCCGAGCUGGCACAGGUGUUGGACCCUGAAGGCGCGGAUAAUCCGACGGCAAUAGAGGAGGCUGUAUCGGCUGAUAUGGGCGGCUUUGAUAGCAAUCUUGGACGCAGUUGAUGAUCGCGCAUGUAU